AUGAAUCCUGAAUAUGACUACCUGUUCAAACUUCUUCUGAUUGGUGACUCUGGAGUGGGAAAGUCAUGUCUGCUGCUACGCUUCGCGGAUGACACCUACACUGAAAGCUACAUCUCCACCAUCGGAGUCGACUUCAAGAUCAGGACCAUCGACAUGGAUGGAAAAACAGUGAAGCUGCAGAUUUGGGACACAGCAGGUCAGGAGAGGUUUCGAACCAUCACCUCCAGCUAUUACAGAGGAGCUCAUGGCAUCAUCAUCGUCUAUGACGUCACCGAGCAGGAGUCCUUUAACAACGUGAAGCAGUGGCUAGAUGAGAUAGAUCGUUAUGCGUGUGAAAACGUCUCCAGGCUGCUGGUGGGAAACAAGUCUGACCUCGUUAGCAAGAAAGUGGUGGACGCUGCCACUGCUCAGGACCUGGCCUCGUCUCUUAAGGUUCCCUUCCUGGAGACGAGCGCUAAGAGCUCUGAUAAUGUGGAGAGGGCUUUCCUCACCAUGGCCUCCGAGAUCCACAAGCGCCUGGCCAGUGAGGGAGGGGGGAUGCAGGGUGAAUCCACAGAGGCCAGGACCCAGAGCACUAAGAUCAACAGCGCCCCUCUGUGGCUGGGAGGGGAGAAACAGACGCAGGAGGCCAGUAACUGCUGCUGA